AUGAACAGCAACAGCUCCUGGGGCCAGUUGCCCUCCACGGCAGCAAGGGGUGCAGCAGAGACAGCAGCAGCAACAGCAGCAGAACAGCAGCCCACGGCUGCUCAAGCUAUCGUCGAUGCUGCAGUUUGUGCGGAAGUAGCGCAGCGCAUUCAACAGGCAGACGACUUCUGGCAGCACCUGGAAACGGCAGCAGCAGUAGACGUGGGGCCACAGAGGGCCAAAAGGUUCGUUGCUGCCUUUAAACAGGCACAUGAUAAGAAGGUGCAGGAAGCAAACUUAGAGCAGGCAGAUCAGCUAGUCGCACAGAUAUUUAGUGCUCUACAGGAGCAGCAGGAAUAG